AUGUCCUUUGGCCCCCCAUAUCCUCCCUGGACAGCCGUGAUAGGAGGCUUUCCCAACGUCCAGGUCGAUGUCCCAAUCUGCACCAUCUUCGCUGUCCUAUAUGCCGUUGCUGGCUCGUCCCAUUUCUUCCUGUUCCUCUACAACCUGCGGAGACACCACAUAUUCAUCCCUUCCAAUGCUGUGGCAGGAUUCUGCUUGCUGAGAUUCAUCACCAACAUCCUCCGUCUCGUCUGCGUGAAGGAGAAGACCAAUAUCUCUCUGGCUCUGACGGCUCAGAUAUUUCUCGCGGCGGGCAUCAUCGUCUUGUACAUCAUCAAUCUGAUCUUUGCUCAGCGUAUCCUGCGUGCCUCGCACCCGAGACUAGGCUGGUGUACCCCGCUGAGCAUCCUGUUCAAGAUCAUAUACGCACUGUCCUUUCUGACGGUUGUUAUGGUCAUCACGGCUAUUGUCCAGUCAUUCUAUACACUGGACCAGAACACGAGACGUAUCGACCGCGACAUCCAAUUAUAUGGUGCAACUUAUUUCCUGACCGUCUCGUUCCUGCCGCUAGUCCUCGGCUCAUAUGUCGUGAUCAUGGCUCUCAUGCGGGACAGCUGCAGUCUAUACAGUGAGAAUAAUAUCGACCAGUUCGGUGCGGGGAGCUUUCGAGCAAAACUGAUCAUAGUCCUCUUCUCGGGUUGCUUGCUCUGCCUCUCUGCGUCGUUCCGGGCUGGAACACUCUGGAAGAAACCACGGGAGGUAUUUGAUCCGGCUUGGUAUUCUAAGAAGCCGGCGUUCUAUUGUUUUUAUUUCGUGAUCGAGAUCAUCGUGGUGUACUUUUAUCUGGCCGUGAGAGUGGACAAGCGGUUCCAUAUUCCGUCGGGUUCUUCCAAGGCGAGGCAUUACCGUGGCGUGGGGAAGGGGUCUUCUGUGUCUAUGUCGGAUGCCAGGGAGACUGAGCGUAUGAGUGAAGAGAUCAUCGAAGAGGUUGGACAAGAAGAUCGGAAGCAGAAGGGCGAGGAAGUCAGCGGUGAUGUUGAGGUUAAAGAGAAUCGCUCAUCCGGCGUUUCUGUUUAAGGUAUAGGUGUAUGAGAUCUAAUUAAGGCAAAUCUUUAUAGAAGCAGCUGUAUAUAUCUACUCUCUAGGCAAAUCCAUAACCUAUAAACAUGAGAGCUC